AAGAAGUGAGUAUAUAAGCAUCUCUCUGAUUCAGAAUCGCGCACUAUUCAUCUUCGUCGUCGUCGUGUUGCUUCUUUCGGGUUGAUAAUGGCCGCCUCAUUUACGGCUCCGGCUCAGGGCCUGGUUCAUUGUCGAAAUCCGACGCUCGGAUUUUCCGAUUCCAUCUUCAAUCGCACUCAACUUCAAUUUCAGGGGCCAGUUCCUGCAAAAUCACAUCGCCUCUCCUUUUCGUAUCAAUUGAAGCUUGCUAAUGAUGCCUUUCCGAGAAAGGAUCACCGUUGCUCUUUUGUGCAGACGGCCGCCGUUCGCCACAUCGUCGGCUCUCUUGCCAAAGCUGGUGGNUUUUCUUUUCGUUCCUCUUUAGGUAUUUUUGUUAAUAAUUUUGUACUUGUGAGGUCUCGGCGUCUGAAGUGGUUUUUUCUUAUCGUCUACCUAAAAAGCCUUCCGAGCGAAUUCUGUUAUCAUGAAUCUAAACUGAUUUUUUCCCCCUUGUCAUUUUUUGACGAUGGACUAGUUGUGGGGCGGUUUAACGAAAUUGUGACAAGGCCAAUGCUUGAGGGAGCUUUGUCUACAUUCAAAAGUUAUUCAGUUCAAGAUGAGGAUAUUGAUGUUGUCUGGGUUCCGGGGAGCUUUGAUAUUCCUGUGGUAGCUGAAAGGCUUGGGACAUCUGGAAAGUACCAUGCUGUCUUAUGCAUUGGAGCUGUGAUUAGAGGUGACACAUCCCACUAUGAUGCCGUUGUAAGCUCUUCUGCAUCCGGAGUACUUUCUGCGGGAUUAAAAUCAGGAGUUCCAUGCGUAUUUAGUGUCUUGACUUGUGACAACUUGGACCAGGCUUUCAAUCGAGCUGGUGGUAAACAUGGAAAUAAGGGUUCUGAGGGUGCUUUGACUGCUAUGGAGCUGGCAUCGUUGUUCGAGUACGACCUGAAGUAGUCGAGAAACAGGAUCUAACGUUUUCCACAUUGCGGGUUUUCAGUCUUGUGAUUUCUCUGUUGUCUUUGCUAAUGGUGGAAUGCUUCAUCAAAUUGCUAAAAGCCACAUGAUGUCUCAGGCAGAAGUCAGCUGGAACUGCUCGAGAGGAAGGAGUGUAAGUUCUCAUGAUUUCAAUUCUCAAAAUUUCUUUGUUCAGCAUUGUCUUUUUAAGUUCUAUGUUAGAAUAAAAGACAUGGGGGCGUUCACUUGUGGCAUUGUGUGGUUUGCAAUGCGCAACGAACAAAGAUUAUAUUACCGAAGAGGCCUCGUUACUCAGUUAUAAAUUAACUAUGAACGUUCUAUGGUAGCCUCUA